GAAGCUAUGGAAGUGUGCGACUUCUGCAAAUACAACCGUGACGGGAAAGGCGAUGCUGCUGUCUCAUUCUACAGAUUUCCACUAGAUGAGGAGAAUCGUCGCCGUUGGAUAACAAAUAUGGGGAGAGACGCUGAGUGGACUCCAUCCGCAUCCUCAUCUCUGUGCUCCGCUCACUUCACUUCGGAUUGUUUUGAAUCCGGAUCAGCGCAUUUACACCCGAACGCGAUUCCGACUUUGUUUAAUUUUACACAGCCCAUGAAUCUGAAUACUGAAAACUUUUCUCAAGACCAAGGAGCACCUAGUAAGUCCACAGACUCAUCCUUAUCACCAUGUUGUGACUGUAAUGAACGUCUACGCAAUAUAGAAAAAGCUUACCAGUUGAAAAUAGCUGCUGCCCAGCUACAAAUAAAGGAACAUAAAAAGAGUCUGGAAGAAGAGUCACGUAAAGCAACACAAUGGCAAAAGAAAGCAAUAGUCCUGCAGAGUGCCAUGAGAGCAAUGAGACUUAGAGGAUCAAUACCUACAAGAAGGAAAAGUUCAACACCUAAAGCGAAUCAUUUGGACUAAAACAUCUUGCAGUUACGUUAAAAAUGACAUUUUUACAGGAAACUAUGUAGCCACUGUUUAUUGAAAACAUGUGACAUGCUGUUUAUUUCAUAAAUCAUACU